AGACAACUCUUGCAUACACACAUCAAUUCAUUUAAAUGCGUUUAUUAAAAAAGUUUCGAACGAAAAAUGCUGACAACGUGAUGAAUAACAAGGAAAAGAUUGCCACUGCGGACAUGACACGUUGGAUACUCUUGCAGAUUGAUCGUUUCUAUGGACUUGUCCAACGAUCGAUCUGAAGAUCCACUUCUGUCUCGGCAGCAUACAAAUAUUAGUAGCACCUUCUGCUCGGCGUUGCAAAUCGUUGUGCAAUUUAAUUAUACCCCAGGGAAGGGUAUAGCCAGGAUAGCCAUCAGCCAGAUUGACAACAGCCAGAAGAUGAAAGAAAAGGGGGAGAAGCAGCAGCAGCAGCAGCAGGAAAAUAUGGCAAGAGUAAAGCACACAUAAUGGCACUUCAAUAUGCGAGUGUGUGGGGGAGAGCAGGACCGACCUAGUGUGGGGGAGAGCAGCAUGAGCAUGCCAUGUGUGGAGGGUCUGGGUGUGGGUUGGGGACUAAACAGGAGAGGCAACCAACAGCUUGUUAGUGGCUUUGCUGGUCAGUACUUUUAACUAAUGUGUUUUGUGCGACCAUAGAAAAUCUCAAGUACUCACACAGACACACGCACACCAGCCAUGGACACCGGGGCGCUCCUUAGCAUUCGCUGCUCCUGCCCCUCUCAAUUUUUAGGGUGCCAGACAGACCGCAAAGUGUGCAUGUGUGAGGGGAAAAGAGCAAAAAGGGGCAGCAGCAGCUCCUUCAGCUUGCCCCCGUUAUGCUGCUGUUGCCUGCUGCCUGCAUAAAAUAACCGCAUAAAAUGUCGUUAAGUAUAACGAAAUUGAGUCUGCACAUAAAUUCAGAUUAUGAGAUUAAAAUGUUGUGAUUUUCGCACAUCGGAGCGGAGUAGACCGGAGCGGAGAGCGUAUACCCGAAAAACCCUUUUCGUAAUGAAAUCCAGUGUGGCAGGAGGGUCCGGUUAUCCCUACUCACACACACACACACAAACACGUGCGCACACAUAGUGAAGCUUAUUGAAAAAUGCGAUGGAAUCAGCAAUAGCCAGAGAGAGAGCCAACAGAGCAGCCGGAUAGCAGCAGUCAAGCCAAUUUAAUGAGUUUACAGCGCCCUUUUUGCCUUUAAGCGGAAUUUUAUGAAAAAAAAAAAAAAAACACAGUCGGUGGCACAGUGGAAUGAAAAUGUGAUAAGUUGAUUGUUGAAAGCAGACAGCUAUCCGUCCGUAGAAGCAGAGAAGCACUGUCAGAUCUUUCUUUGGAUCUCUGAAGCAAGGAGAAACUGAAUCACAGAGUUAUUUCAUAGCAAAGAAACCAAUGCAGAGGACACAACUAUGGAUCCACAUGAUGCCCAACCACGAAUCACACACCACUGUGGCCCCGUUGUAGAAUAAUAAAGAAGUUGCGGUUGUAUCCGGCGAUCAAAGUCAAAUAUUUGGCUUGAAUGUUUACAAAUUUUGGGUCAGCUGGUAAUUUGACCAAACUCAUACCGAAUUUUCAUGUGAAAUUCCCAAAAUAUGGUUGGACCCUCGAGGAAUGCCAUCAGCUGUCGCUUCAUUAUGACGCUAAUUGUGAGGCCAGAGAGCGUGCACUGCCAAAGGAUUAACAUCAUAGAGGACGAGCAACGUGUCCAUAGAACGUUGGCAAGAACAAACAGGAGACCUUGUGCCUUGUGCUACCGACGGCGAUGGUUGCAUGACCCAUAAACAGUUUAGUUUGACUUAAUCCGGUUAUGUAUCCGGAUUAGCGAAGCGUAACAGAGAGAGGGGUAAUUUUUUGGCUCGAUUCGUUUGGCUGCUGCUCCCGGGACUUUACGACACUUUUUAGGUAAUGAAUGGGAUUACAGUUUUUUUUUAAUCCACUCUCCCAGUGGCUGGGUCCAGCUGUAAAAAAUCUAAUGACUCGUAAAAAGUGCACCGCAGGUCAUCCGGCGAUUGCAUGACCUGCUCCGCGCCGCACCGCGCCGCCCCGCCCCGCACCGGUCAUGAAUGGGCGGCAGGUCAGAAAAAGUACCUCUCAGUGCGUAUAAAUUCUGGUGUCGGCACUGACGUAACCAGCAAACGCACUCAAGCCAUCCAGCAACCAAGAUGUGUCUCGUACAGCAGAAAAACAGCGCACAGCCCGCGGCCCAGCAGCUGCCACAGAAGCAGGAGACGACGAGUCCGAGUCCGAGUCCGAGUCCGAGUCCGACGCCGCAGCCUCCAUCUCCCACCGCCGCCUAUGUGAUGUUCAAGCACCGCGAGGAGCUGCGCCGACGCAAUGGGCGGACGGCCCGCGCCUCCCUCACCAAGAUUCAUCUGACCACCGAACUGAUAGCCCGCACCAAGCAGAACAUUCGACAGUGCAGCUUCGAGGAUCUGGCCAUCCUGGCCAGGGAGACGAUCUUCCGCAAGAGUCUGCAGCGUCGCCUGCACUACAGACGCAUGGAAAUGGGACUGAAGAUCAAACAGAAACGCAUGGGCCACAAGUGAGGGAAAAGUCUGAUAUAGAACAGCACAAGUGAUAACCCAAGAGCCCCUAUUAUAGUAAGAUUAUACAUUUUGGCCAUAGUUUAAUUUAAGUUCAAGCUUCAAGCACAUGUAGAAAUAUUUCCAAAAACCUAAAUUAAACUUCAAUCAUUUAGAAAAACCCCA